AUGAAGUAUAAUAAAGCUAGUGUUCAACAUGAUAGUAAAUUGGGUAACUUAAUAAAUUAUAGGAUUAGGGUGAUAACAGCGGAUGGUAGGGUGUACAUAGGUCAGUUAAUGGCUUAUGAUAAACAUAUGAAUGUGGUAUUAGGAGAUUGUGUCGAAGAAAGAAUUCCAAAGACUCAAUUACAAAAAUUAAAAGAGUCUACUAAUAAUGUAUCAGCAUCGGACAUUAAAGUGGAGAAAAGAGUAUUAGGGUUGACUAUAUUAAGAGGUGAGCAUAUACUUUCUACUGUUGUAGAGGAUAAACCCCUAUUGAGCAAGAGGGAAAGAAUUUCAAAUGAAAAGAAACAGGAGAAACAACUUCAAAAACAGAAAAGGAAAAGAAGUAAUAAGAACAAUGGCAAAGUACAGAAACAGACGACUAGUACAUCUGGAACAAGCUCGAUGCCAAGUGCUACUAGUAGUACUGACAAUCGUGGAGCUUCAUUACAAACUAGAAAGUUUCAACCUCCUCCAGGUUUUAAAAAAAGAUAG